UACGUGAUCGGCGAAUUUAUAGUGACGUGCUUUUUUUUUGCAUGAUUAUAAAAUUCAAUUUUUCUCGCACCGUUACAAUGAUAACAUGUUGAAAUGAAACAACUUACUUUAAAGUUUUGCAUAUCAAUACAGAAGAUGGGGAAAAUGAUUAUCACAGAUGCAACAAAGCCAAACGUCGUGGACCUCAGUAUAGCUCAAAUAUUCAUCUGCUAUAUCAUGUAGAUAGCGAUAAAGUUACUGUUUAUAAAACUGAAGCUGCGUACAAUCAUCAUGAUGACAAAGUUCUUGGUAUUGAUGAAAAUGUUAAAAAGUGGAUAGAAGAAUUAUAUAAUAAUCCUAUAAUGAAGCCAAAGCAAAUUAUUCGAGCACGUCAAUCAAGAUAA